AUGAACCAACCAUACACCCCUAUAAAGAGGAAAUCAACCUCAGAUUUAAUCAAUAAUCAAAUUCAACUAGAAUCAACACCACCAAACACAACCAUCACAGAUGAGCAAAUUGAAUUCCCUGAAGGUGGUAUCCAAAGCUAUGUCCCACUCAUGUAUGAAUCAACAUUAUCAAUAUCUCCAGUAAUUGCAACCCUAACAAAUUUAUCAAUCUUUGCCAAAUUACUAAACACUUUAUUAGAAACGUCCUACGCAACUUCCAAUUCAUGGAUCAUGACAUGGUUCUUAUUCAUGUUCUUCAAUGGGAUGACCUUGUUUGGUGAUUAUUCAGACAAGUUCACCACCAUCCUACCAACAAUCAUUGGCUCGAUCCUUGUUUUAAUCUCAACUUCAUUAAUACCUACAACUUCAUCUUUCCUCGGAAUGUUGUUAAUUUUUGGAAUCUUGGGAUUAGGUUCAUCAUGUCAAUAUCUUUCUUCCCUUAUAACAAUCUCCCAUUUUUUCCACAAGAGAAGAGGAUAUGCCCUUGGUGUUUGUUUAUCAACUGGUGGUGUGGCAACGUCAUGGUUUGUGAAUAUUUUAUUGACUAGUGUUUUGGAUGAUGUGGAUGAGUUGAAUAAAAUUAUUUAUCUCUUUGCAGGAUUAUGGGGUUGUCAAUGCUUUUUAACUAUAAUGUAUUCAUUGAAUAGGAUUACUGAUGAGCAUGAUUUUAGAUUAAGAAGUCCAAUCUUGAAAGAAUUGGAUAAGAAAAGAGAUGUGUUGGGUAGAUCAUGGUGUCCUUAUAUCGGAACUGAUUUAAGAUUGGUCCAGGAUUUCAAAUUUAGAAAUAAUUCAAUUGCAAUUGGAAUAGGAUUUGGAAUUUUAUUUAUUGUUUAUUCAUACCUUGAUAUAUUCAUCAAUGCAUCCAAUGCUACACCAACUGAGGACACAUAUUUCAUUACCCAACUAAUCACAUGUUUUGCAAUCUUCAGUUCAGUAUUCAUAGGUGUAUUAUCUGAUUCAAUUGGUGUUUUCAAUGUACAAAUUGGUUCAUUUCUGCAUUUAUCAAUAAUUAAUCUAAUCUUGUUACCAUUCACAAACCACCAUUUAUAUAUCCUUUAUGCAUAUCUUGGAGUAUUAACCAUCUCAGCAUUCUCAAUCGUUAUCACUUCAUUCUUAUCAAUCAGUGCAUUAUCAACAAAUACUUUAGAAUUGGGGUCAAGAUUAAGUAAUUCAUUUGGGAUUGCUUCAAUUCCUGCUUUGAUCAUUUCAAGAAUUGCAGGAUCUAUUCUUGGUUAUCAGAUUGAAGAGUUUAGUGCAGCUAAAUUCGGGGUGUUGAUAACUUUAUUCAGUUUAUUCGGUAUAUAUUUUGUCAAUAAUGUUAAUGAGCAUUCAAUAAUAUUGUUUCAGCAAAAAUUGUCAAGGGGACGUUGA